UUGUCCAGAUAGAGUUGAGUCUGAGGCCAGUGGAUGAACAAACAGAAGCUAGAAGAUUCCAGUAAAGGAUGAGUGAGAGGGCCACAUGGAACUGGAACACAGGCAGCUGGCUGCUGGCACUUUGCCUGGCCUGGCUGUGGACGUACCUGGCUUCAGCCUCCUUGCAGCCUCCAAUUCCCACAGGCCUAGUGAAGCAGGGCACCUGUGAGGUGAUUGCUGCUCACCGCUGCUGCAACCGGAACCGCAUUGAGGAGCGCUCCCAGACUGUCAAAUGUUCCUGCUUUUCAGGCCAGGUGGCUGGCACCACAUGGGCAAAGCCCUCCUGUGUGGAUGCCUCCAUUGUCCUGCAGAAGUGGUGGUGUCAGAUGGAGCCCUGCCUGCCGGGGGAGGAGUGUAAGGUGCUCCCCGACCUGUCGGGAUGGAGCUGCAGCAGUGGAUACAAAGUCAAAACCACCAAGGUAUCUAGGGAUGGACAUGUCAUCCCACCCCUGCCCUUCCCCCUUCACCUGGGGCAGAAAAGGAGGCCAAGUUUACCUACAGAAAAUAUCUAUAUGAGCAAAGUGGAGAAUUGA